AUGAAUCAAUAUAAAGUAGUGGGAGAUUAUCAAAUAUUUUUAAAUCAGAAACUGGGUACUGGCGCAAUGGGCGAAGUGUAUGUUGGGGAAAGGAAAUCGGAUAAACUCAAAGUUGCAGUGAAGAUAAUAUCAAAGUCAUACAUCAACUCAAGGGAUAAAUAUAAUAAGUACUAUAUAUAUAGUAAUGAAGGGAAUUGAUUAAAAAAAGAAUUAAGAGAGAAAUAGCCAUCUAAUAAGGUCUUAAACAUCCAAAUAUCAUACAAUUGCAUUGUGUUUAGGAAACCAACAAUUCUAUUUAUCUGUUCAUGGAACUGGCAAAUAGCACUUUAGAUCAAUAUUAUACUAAUAGUAAAUUAGAUUUUUAUAUUCUAUUGUAGAGAUAAUUAAAGAAGAAGAAAUGAAAAGCCUUAUAAGACAAGUGGUCAGUGCUUUCUUGUAUAUGUCUGAAUUAGAAGUCAUUAAUCAAUUUCAAAAUGAGAAGGUAUAUAAGGGAGUAUGCCAUUUGGACUUGAAACCUUAAAAUGUUUUGAUCGUUGGAAAUAGUAUCAAAAUUUCAGAUUUUGGCUUAUCUACUGCCCUGAGACCCUACGAAAGCUAAGAAAUGAUCGAAUUUUCAGAGCAAUUUGACAAUGUACCCUCUAAUUUAGAUUAUUUAGGAUAAGGCAGGUAAAAUCAAUAAUAAACAAGAGUCUCCUUUAUAUGGCUAUAGAAUAAUUAAGCUCUUAGCAAACAGAAAACUUAGAAAUUUUGGACGUUUGGAGUGCUGGAGUAAUAUUUUAUGAACUUGCCUUUGGUAAACAUCCUUAUCAUAAUCCUGAAUCAAAUUUCAAAAGUCCCAUAGAGAUCCUAUCUCUGUUGAAUACUACAGAAAUCAGCUAUCCAAAAUCCGAAUUUGAUGAUUAAUUCUACGAUUUGUUGAGAGGAAUGCUCAAUAAAAAUCAUAAGGAAAGAUUGAGCUGGAAAUAAUGUAAAGAGCAUCCAUUUCUAUUAUGAAUUGGAGUGAUAAAUGAAAUUAU